AAAGAAAGGGAAGCGCGUCGCGUGGCCGGAAGAAAGUCAAUCGUCACUCCGCUUUAGGAAUUCUGGAUCUGCGCAUUUGGAGAAUAGCUCAAUGCUGUCGACACAAUACCGAGCACUUCAAAGACCAUAGCCUGGACUGAGUGAAAGCCAGUCAUGAAGAGGGCACCACGGGGUCAUCCUCGUGAACAGCUCGAAUCCUUGAUUGACAGAUUGUUCUUCUGCCCAUCCUGCACGACAUGGCGGACGUCGCGACCAUUGCGGACCACCAUUCAAAACGCAACCGCACGCAAACGUCGCUAUGCCUCGACUCUUACCUCCCACACCGCCGUUAACGCAACGAAGAAUGUACCUACGCGCUACCAAGCACUUUACGAAGCACUCGGAGAUGUGAGAAAGAAGGCCCCUGCCCAAGUGAAUCUCAGUCGGUUGCAGCUCGCCUUACAAGGGCUCGAGUCCGAGACACCACCCACGAGAUUUGCGGUGCUAGGUCUAAAUGUCCAGGCCACAGCACGCAGGCUCGUCCGACUACUCCUCGCUGAUCCUCUCAGCGACGCAGAGCGGUGGGAAGAGCAAAUACUCGACCCGAAUGCAGACUACAGUCAAGGUGUGAUCAUUCGUUAUGGACAGCCGCCUAAUCCGAAUCUACCACAACCAAGAACGUCGGUGCCAGUGCUGCAAAUUCCUUCUGCCGUUCUCGAGAGAAUUAACAUGGAAAUCCUUGUUUCAACGAUACAAGGCCCUUGCAACGGCGAGCUCUUACAGGGUGCUCAUACAGUAACAUCAGAUGCGUUUUUGUCACCCUCAAUUGGCACGCCAACAGCUGCGACUGGACGACAGACGGCCAUCAGCCAGCCUGUGCAUAGCACGUUACUGGUCACCAAGGGGCUGGAUGAACUCGUGUCAGCGACGGAGCUGCUGGCCUCCACAAAUUUCACUGCUAUGGAGGAUCGAGCAUCUGUUCAGUUGGUGGUGAACCUGGAAGAUAUCACAGCGGAAGCACCAGGUCAAGUGUUGCUGAUUGAUGCGACAAAGGCAGAAGAAGGCCUCGCAGCCAUCCGUCGAUCUGUGACUGAAGCAAGAACUUAUGAGCACAAAUGGGUGGACUCUGGCCUGCCGUUAGUGUCAAGCUGGCUAACCCUUGCGUCUGCUGCUCGAUCUGAAACAGUGAUACCAAAACCAAUCAAAGUCCUGAUAUCGUCAAUACUCACGAAUGCGACCAGAAAUCUCCGCGCUCAGGCAGCAUUAGAAACAAGGUCAAAUACAACGAUGAGCCUUAGCCUAGCGACCCGAUUAAACUUGGAGGCAUCUAUCGAAGAAUUCUCGCGUAAUGCGCACCAAGAGCUCCAGUCUGGUCUUGCUUCGGCUUGGGAUUCGCGCAAUUGGCGAAAAUUGGCUUGGUAUAAACUAUUCUGGCGAGUGGAUGAUGUUGGCUUGAUCAUCGCAGACCUCGUGACCAACGCGUGGUUGCCACGGACUGAACGAGCAGUCUAUGAACUGUCCGGGCGGCUUUCUCAAGCAGGCAUAUCACCCAUGGACAUGCCACCGACUCCCACCCCUUCUCUUGGGCCUGUGGCGGUGAGCGCACCUGAGCCGGCACAAGUAUUGCAUGCCCAGGCGGAGGUAGCAACAGAGCCUCCAAUCCAACCAGUGGUGGCCAAUCCGACCGGGACAUCCGAGGUCCAAAUGGCCCCGGUUCCUCAACCUAUACCUCUUUCGGCUUCAAUAUCAGAAACACGAGCCCAGCAAAUGCGGCUUGCCAUUACUAGCUUGACCAGCACAGCUCAGCAAAUUGUGCUCAAGACAUUUUCUCUUACUGGUCUAUCAGCGGGUCUGUCUGGACUUACAUAUGUGUCUCUCGGUCCAGGCAGCGUGUACGAGGCCGGUACAAUAGUGGCAUUAGGCACAGCAUUUGCACUAUGGCGAAUGCAAGGUGACUGGCUGAAAGCGACCAAGUUCAUGGAAGACAGCCUGCACGAUGAAGGCAAGACCGUCAUUCAGAGAAUCGUGACAAGGAUGAGACAGCUGGUCGAAGACGCAAGCGUAGUUGUCGAAGAUGAGGUCGAGGUUCAUACCCGACGCGAGGCCGAGAACGCCGUCAUGAGGGCAAAGGAACAGCUUGAUCGACUCAAGUAACUAUUUGUAUACCCCAGUGAUUGGACG